AUGAUCUUCGCUGAGUAUCUGGUAGAUUUCCUGCAUGAGAAGGGCUACCUCCAAGUAGAGCACAAAGAGACUUACAUCGACGAGGCGAUUGGCUGGUCGAUUGCUGUCUUGGGCUUCCUGACGCAGCUGGCUUUGGGGUCAGAAGCUUAA